AUGGUUGUGAACAUACUGCUCUGGGCAUAUGUUAAAGGACAGAAUGACCCGAAUCACCCAAUACACAAAGAGAAAUCAAAGUUGGAAAUACCAACUAAUGUGCUUCAAAAGUUUGGAGAGGUAACAAAUUAAUGAAACCUUUUAACAUUUGACAUAUAUACAUACAUCAUUGGCAAAAAGACAAAAAGGGUGAAGAAAUUAUACCAUUAUUAUUAAUUGAUAUGUCUAUUAAAGGGAAUCUACAGUCAUUUUUGUUUGGCUAUGCCACUUUAACUUUUGUUUACAAUUUUUGUUCCAUUUCAUUGUUAUUACAUGACAUUCACAAUUAUUUUCCAUGGUACUACAUGUAAGAUACUGUCAAAAGAACUUCUGGUGGAGUCCCCUAACUCAAGGUGGAAUAGAUAAACACAAACGACUGUACAUUUCGUUUAAUUGAUAUGGUUUUUUUCUUGUUUCUUGACUUUCUUAUGUUUUUUUAUGCUAGUUACCAAAAUUCCUAACCAGAGCAAUGAGUUUAAAUGACUUUGCAAAGUCAAAAGGAUUUGGUUCAUAUGAGUUGUCACUUGCUGUAAUGGAUAAACGUAAACGUAACCAAAAAGCAGAAGUAUUUACUGUACGUACACAGGAUCAAUGGAGUAUUUGGGAAAAAGAAAUUGAUGGCAAACCAAAUAUAUGGCUUCAAGGUAAUUAUUAAGAUGAAGUGUGAAGUAUCUGUAGUGUUUUGUGCACUAUUAAAUUACUAUUUUGCAAGCAAGUUUUAUGUGUCUGUUAUAAGGGGCCACCAACUUUAACUGACUAUAAGGAUGGUAUAAAAAUCUAUAAUGGUUAUUUGUUACAGUAUCAGUGUCUUUGUUUUCUAUAUAGUGACACUAAUACACAAAGACAUCUUGUGGGGCAGAGGAAAUAACGUGUUUGUCAGCAAAGCAGAUUCCUCAACUAUGAAAUCUCCAUCCACGACUGAUCCAAAAAACAAAAAUGGGAGACAACUAAUUGGUAGACCAAAAAAAACAACCACAACAGAAGACCAGGACCUAAUUAAAGCAUUGCAAAGUGGAGAGGUUAUUGGUAGGAAUGAGCGUCAGUUAAAUGAACUAGAAAGCUUGAGAAGAGGUGUGUAUAAUUAAUUAAAUAUUUAGUUAUAUUCAUAUAUUUAUACUGUGCAUGCUAAUAGACCAUUGUUUUUUAUUGCUUAUUUUAUAGAAUUGAAAGAAUGUGCCAAUGAAGUAAAUGAAAUAAGUGCACAAUGUGUUAAUUGUGGAAGUCCGAUCUCUUUGCCCACUGAUCGCAAGGUUAAAGGAAAAGUCCGUUAUUUCAAGACCAGUAAGUUAAAUACUCACAUUAGUGAUUUUCCUAAUUUUUGGAAGUUCCAGAAUGUGUACUGUAGAACCAAUACAGAGUAUUUAAAUAAUAAAUUUAAUUACUAAUUAGUAGUCUUGACUACUAUAAGUCUACUAAUACUUCAAGAAACAAUUAUUAUAUGCAAAGCAUUCGGUGAAAUAUUGUAGACCAUUGUAUGGUCAUUAUGGUGUUUAGUGACAAAAAUCGUGAUGGAAUUUCUGACAUUUCUAGCAGUUUAAAUUAAUCACAACUUGUAGACAGGACCUUAAAUUUUGGUCUAUUUUCCCACAAUUCUAGGCUAUAAAUGCAUUGUAAAGUCUGUAAAGGAAUUCAAACACUCUGUUGGGAGAUCAACAGUCAAUUUAUAUAUUUUAGAACAUUUUGACAUGUGCCAAAAAAGGAAGGGGAGAGAUAGAAAGCGCAAGUCACAAAGUAUCGAAAAGUUUGUAACGAAAAAACCACGAAAUGAACCUGCAAUGGUUGGAACUGAAGAAGUAGAUUCAGAUGUGGACAAUGAGUUGGUUAUCACAGACGGUCAUGGCAGUCAUGGCAGCGAGACACAAAACGUGUAGGGGACAAUUUAUUGACGCUACUUUUUAUGCGUAUGCAGUAUGUUACUUAAUUGCUUUUGUUACAGCUCAAGUUCCAAAAUUGAAGUAGCUAAGACGUUUGGUCUUUGCUUGAUGUUGAAAACAUACAAGAGAGGGUUUUCGUGCUUACAUUAGCAAAUAAAUGACACUUUAUAGGCUUUAUAUUUUAGAGAGACUAUUAGAAAAAAACUAUGAUGUCUAUGAUGUAAAUACAGUUUUACCUCAAAAACAGUUAAUGCUUAUUGAAUAUAAUCACCUGGAUCUUUAGAUAGUUUCACUGUUUCAGCAACAAGUAAGAGACGUACAUAACGCACAUAUAUGUAAUCCAUACAACUUUUGAUUUGUAGACUUCUCAAGGAUUCGGAUUGCGAAAUAAGCAGUGAUGAGCAAGAUUACACAGAUAUCAGUAGAAUCAGUAGUCUUAGCAGUGCAACUUCAAUCAGUUCAGACAGUUCAGUAGAUUCGGAUGGCUCGGAUGUGGAUAGCGACAGCCUAGUUUUUUCUGUAGGGGUGGAGGAAGCAGAUGACGUGUGCGUGAAGCUUGAUUGUUUAAUACGAAGUGGAAUUAUAUCCAAGGAUGACAUAUUUUAUAAACACAUCAAAGAUGUGGUUUUUAAUUUUGUUUACCCACGCUCCCAUCGAUACGAUAACGAGGUGAUUGAAUUUUUCAAUACAAUUCGAUAUCUUGGCGGGGAAAGCACUGAAAAUUUCUUAAGGGGGCCGGGUUGGCAUGGGCAAGGAAGAAAGGGCAAAGGCCAUUUUGUUAGUGAAGCUAAAAGAGGAAACUUUCACGGUCCAUCUUCAGCUACAUGUGCAAAGCGCCAGGCAGGUUACACUGUCAAAAGUGGUGUUCUCCAAGAUCUUAUCACGACGGCGAUUACGCUUGCAGACAAAUCUUCCAAAGUGAACUCCCUCGUGGACACAGCCCUAGUAAAAGUGUUUCCAAUUGCAAUAGCUAACGAUGGCACUGCUUUAAAGCCGGGUCUUCGAUUCGAUGAGCGGAUGAAAAGAGUUGUUGGACUCAAUGUUGAUGUUGAUCUUGCCUUCGUUCUAGAGAAUCCGCAACCAUCAUCUGAGUUCCUAAAAGAAGCGGUGGUGACUGAAGCAAGCGUUUCUUUUUUGACAACAUUGGACAAUGAAAUUUCAAUGCCUUGCUCAGUGGAGUACAUGCCAAAAACUGGUAAGACUGCGGUAUACAUGAGAGAAAAAUUUACAUCCGAAGCUAAAACAGUGCAGAUUUGCCAAGGAUGCCUAUCUCAAGCAAAAACCGUAGAACAUGUCAUCGAUGUAGAGCCAAAAGAAUGCGAUUGUUUUUGCAACGAUUGCUGGGUCAAACAAAGAGUAUGUGAUGACUGUGUAGCAAAAGGUCACGUUUCCUAUUUUCCAGCAUGUAGAGCGUGCAAAAAGUGUUUGGAAAAAGGGCAAAAAUGUGUGAAAUUGGCAGCAUGCGUGUAUACUACUGAUUGCGAAGAAGGCAAUAAGAAAGCAUUGGAAAAGAUCAACAGUCAAGUACUGGAUGGAACUAUCGAACCAGAGCUUGCUUUCAUGAUCGGAUUACCUGAUGCUAUACAUGUUGGAAAGAGUUUGAAGUGUUCAUUUUGCAACUGGUACAUUCUUCUUAACGGUCAGCGUUCAAAUUUAGCCAUUCUGAGAACAUUGCGAGAUGAUAGUGAUCCCGAAACUAGGAAGUUGUUUAGAAAACUUCUUAAAGACGGUGAUGCAGUACGAAACAAGGAUCGCAUGGCAGUUGACCCCAUUCUUGACCUUACGGCUGAAAAUUUUAUUCGUGCUGUUGAAAAUGUUGAGUUUGCCGUUCAUGCUCUUGUGCCUGAGCGAUUCAAGUUUACAGAAGAUAAUAAAGUUGGUGCUUUUCCUCACCCGGUGGAUAUUACAAACGCAGGCAGUGGAAUUUUGUUUAUGUUAGAUUUUUCUCCUUUGAAUUGA